AUGUUGUUAGCUCAACGUGGUUAUUACCGAGGAGUGAGCUGCGUGAGGGCUAAGGUGGUGACGGAGGUUGUUCGCGGGCAGCAGAAGCAGGCCCUGCCUCCGCCCGAGUGUCUGCCGGUGUGGCCGCCAUGCCCGCCGCCCCCGCCGCCGCCCCCCACCCCGCCGUGCCCUCCCCCUCCCACCAUCUACCCACCAUUCUACUGCUGCCCAAGAACCAAAUACGAUGUGAAGUUCGUAUACAUCAAUGAUGUCCCUCCAAGCACCAAAUUUAAAGACUUCGUUGACCGAGCAUCACAAGUCAUGUUCUGGACAGAGCUGGUACGAGGUUUCGCGGUAACACUUGGGCACGUUUUCAAAGAGCCAGCAACUAUAAACUAUCCUUUCGAGAAAGGGCCUUUAUCUCCGAGGUUCCGAGGGGAGCAUGCUCUGCGGCGGUACCCGUCAGGCGAGGAGCGCUGCAUCGCUUGCAAGCUGUGUGAAGCCAUGUGUCCCGCGCAGGCGAUCACCAUCGACGCCGAGUCUCGCAGCGACGGCUCCCGGCGAGCCACCCGCUAUGACAUCGACCUCUCUAAAUGCAUCUUCUGCGGCUACUGCCAAGAGGCCUGCCCCGUCGACGCUAUCGUCGAAGGACCCAACUUUGAGUAUAGCACGGAAACGCGAGAAGAACUUAUAUAUAACAAAGAAAAAUUACUGAACAACGGUGACCGCUGGGAGCCAGAAAUAGGAAGCAAUCUUAGAGACAACCAUUUGUAUCGUUAG